AUACCGCCUGGGUCCAGGCCUACAGGAGCCGUCCUCACCACCUCCCUCAGCGUGCACACCCACAAUGCCAACGCCACCGUGUACAACGUGGUGGCCACCAUCAGGGGUGCCGUCGAGCCAGAUCGCUACGUGUUGCUAGGGAACCACCGCGACGCCUGGAUCUUCGGGGGCGUGGAUCCUUCCUCUGCCACUGCCUCCAUGCUCGAGGUGUCUCGCCUCUACGGUCUCCUUCUCCAGAAAGGGUGGCGGCCUCGCCGGAGCCUCGUGUUCUGCAGUUGGGCUGCUGAAGAGUAUGGCCUCGUAGGAUCAACCGAGUGGACGGAGCAGUUCACAACUGUACUCCAAGGUCGCGCCGUGGCUUACCUCAACGUUGACAUGGUGUUUGAGGGGACGUACAGCUUCAUUUCUAUGGCGUCACCACUCCUGCGGGACACCAUCGUGAGGGCGGCGAAGAUAGUGCCCAACCCAGACCCGGAGGAGGCAGCCGCGGGGAGACCAACACUGCAUGACACCUGGUUACAUCGCCACCCAGACCCAAGACACCCUGACCGCCCCAAAUUCCUGGGUCUUGGAAGCGGCAGUGACUUUGCGACCUUCCAGCACGUGCUCGGUAUUCCCUGCAUGGAUAUGUACUACACAGCGCCCCCGGACGACCCGGCUCUGCCCCUCUACCACACCCUCUACGAGACCUUCCACUUGGCCAGGCAACUGUACGAUCCCGACAUGGCUUAUCACGUGGCUCUAACGCACACGUGGGCUCUCGUCGCAUACUUCCUCUCCCACGAGGAUGUUGUGCCCUUCAGCGUCAGUCUUUACGGGGAAUUCCUGAUGGAGGCACUGGAGGACCUGGAGAAGGAAUACGGCAGUCUUCUAAACCAAACUCAGAGGGAGCUUCGUUUCCUUUGGGACGCCGUAUCCUCCUUCAGCGACGCCGCCAAAAACUGGACAGCCGGCCUUGCUUCCCUCGACCUGGAGAAUGUCAUGGCCGUGAGAACUGCCAAUGACGUGCAGAUGAUGCUGGAUCGGGCGUUUCUGGACCCUCGAGGACUCCCAGGAAGGCCAGAAUAUAAUCACGUGGUGAUGGCGCCGAGCAGCAGUAACACUUACGCCUCAGACAGCUUCGCGGGGCUGCAGGACUUGUUGCAUGACCUGCCUGACCUGCCGCCCAAGGCGCAGGUUACCCGUUGGCGCAUGGUGAGGGAGCACCUUGCCGCCGUCACUCACCUUAUCCGUGCUGCCGCGGCUGUCCUCAAGCAGGAGCUCUGGUGAUCCUCAGGGACGGCCGCUCCCUCGGUAGUCAGGGAAACGUUCAUUUGAUUAACUAUGACUUUGUUUUUGUGUGUUAUUUUCACUUAAAAAUUUCGUAGUUUAUAGCAUGGUCAGAAGGUGAAUUAGAGUACACCAAGUGACAUUAAGUUUAGUUGAGGAAAGAAGUGCUAAGACAUAGGAAAGAUUACAUCAGGAUAGCGAUUGUAUGUGCAACUUUGAAACAAGGCCGCGAAAAAUCCAAAGACAUGGAAACUGAAUUAUCCCUUGUUUCGUUGGUGUUCAUUCUUUGCUACCUUCCCCCUUCCAGCUCUUAAAGGAGCAGUGUGCAGGGAAGGUUACAGAACACCACUUCUGCCUCAGCCACAUGGCCUCCUUGAACUCAGAAGACACUACAAGACACAUCACUUGACGGCACAUGUCCUUUGCAAAUAUUUUUGAAGAAGACAACAUUUCAUCUUAAUUUCUCCACCGAAGCUGUUUUUUUUUUUUUUUUCGAUGAUUGUUGAGAAGGGUGGUGUUGACACUUCCUCCCUCUCGGUCCUCGGAGUCUCCCGUCGCCUACACGACGGAGGUGACAAUAGAAUCUAAUGGAGAAGACCUGUUGUCUCCACCGAGGGUCUUCGUGUUGACAACAAGGUGAGAGUCUGUUUUUCCAUCCUGGCUCUGUCCUGCUCCUAGCCGACGGCACCCAGAGAACAUGUAUAUGGUGGUUGUGCUAGGGGACGCUUAGAUAAUGGUUGUGGUGGGUUAUAGUGAUAACAGACGAAAGGAACUGUAUAAGUAAGAGCGGUUAGAAUGGUGUUGGUGUGUUGAAGAAGCGGACAGAAUCAGGAUUUAUAGUGCACGUAUAAGUAUUUGGUAGUGAUGGUUGUAGUGGAUGUGUGGCUAAAGGUAGAUAGUGGUAGUGGUAAUGGCUGUGGAAAUGGUGGUAGUGUUGAUGAUGGUAUUCAUUAUGAGAUUAUUAAUGACAACACCGUUAAAGCCUUAGUGACAGAUAGCUCGUAAGUGGUUGUUAAUAUUGUUAAUGCCUUACUAAUGGCGAUGGCAUUGUGAUAGACAUUUGCUUCCGCCUGGCAACUUAUUUUCAUGAACUGUAAAUAAACUAUCAGUCUUUA